AUGCAGUUCCCCGAAGGAACCACACCUCCGGAAGGUUGUCGCAUUGAGAGUUUGCUUCAACGAACCAUUCCCCCUGCUCCCGAAAUGACUGAUGACGAGGCUGUUGGCUAUGGCAUUGACUGGCGCGAUGUCGAGUACGUCCCUACCCGUACCAGUCACAACGAACGUCAAGAGGCAGCGGGAAGGACAGAUGACCAACUUCCUUACCAGUAUACAGUGGAGCCAGAGGAGUUUUCAAUUGUCAACGUCGAACCUGAAUCAUGCCCUUAUACCCCACACCAACUUCAACUGCUACACCAGUACAUCGAAUCCAAUGGGCCAUCGGGAAGCACUGUGGGAGGGUAUAUUUUACUGGGCUAUGUCUGCCCCCGCUUUAAGAUCGCGAUAUAA